AUGGCGGCUGAAAUUCUAGAGGAGAUGAGGGCCAUGAGAUAUGAUGUUGCCGGCAAGCUAGAGAGAAUAGACGCAUCGUUGAAGUGCUUUGCUUCUGUUGGCCCGCUGCUGUCUGGGUCUGGUGCUGGAGAACCCCGGCGGACGGAUCAGAGCAGCCUGGUGGCAGUGGUUUUAAAGCUCCACGAUGAUCACAAACAGUGUCUCAAAGCCUGGUAUACGUUCACACCGAAUGAAUCUCUGAAGGUCAUGAAGUCGCUGGCAGGCGUAUGUGACUCGGUCAGCUGUGAGGUUGCUGGAGAACAUGUGGAGAGACGAGCUGGGAAUACAGCGGAUCUCAGCAGACACACAGAAAACACUCGCGGCUCGUCUCACUUCCCAAAUCUAGUGAGCCACCUUCCUGGCCAGCAUGCAAAGGCAUCAUGUGUGCACUUCCAGUUAGCAGUCCCAGAAUGCAGUAUAAAGGCACCUGUCGGCAGUCAGCUGAGCACAGACUCACCUGAGGAGCAGCAGAUGGAGUCCGGGCAGCUUUCAGCUGCAGAAGAACGCAGGAAUGAAUUGGAGGAAGGGGGCGUGGCCUGUUCCGUGAUAGUGUGUGACAUCAAACCAAAAGUUCCAGGUGUGAAGGAUAGAAAGAACGACCCCUGGUCAUGUGACAGCUCUGCAUCUUCCUCCGACAGUGAGGACGAUGAUAAAAACAAGAAGAAGAAGAAGAAAAAGCUGAAGAAGAAAAGAAGCAAGAAGUUCAGCUCAUCUUCCUCAUCAUCAUCAUCAUCAUCAUCAUCAUCAUCUUCCUCCUCUUCAUCCUCAGAAAGUGACAGCAGUGAGGAUGAAAAGAAGAAAAAAAAGAAAAUGAAAAUCAGCGAAACGGCAGAGCUGGGGAUUCUAGCAGAAACAGGUCUGGAGGGAAAUACUGAAUUAACUCCUGCAGGAGAAACUAAAGGAGACGAGGAGAAGAAAAAGAAGAAAGACAAAGAUGCAGCUGCAAUCAGUUCAGACAGCGAGAAUGAAAAGAAGAAGAAAAAGAAGAAGAAGAAGAAGAAAAAUAAAAAGAAGCAGAAGAAGGAUAAGAAAAAGAAGAAGAAGAUGAAGAAGGAUUCCAGCUCAUCUUCCUCCUCAGACAGCGAGGAUGAUCACAAGAAGAAGAAGAAGAAGAAGAAGACCAAGAAGAAGAAGGAAUCAAGCAGUUCUUCCUCUGACAGCUCCAGUGAAGAUGAGAAGAAGAAGAAGAAGAAGAAGAAGAAAGACAAAAAGAAGAAAAAGAAAAAGGAAAAGAAGAAGGAUUCAGGAGGUGAGUCUGAAUCAGACGGAGAGAAAAACAAGAAGCACGAUGGAAAGCUCACAGAAGACGCUGGCACUGCCACUUCAUCUUCAUCUGCACUUCCUGUGGAGUCUGCGGGUUUGACCGCUGCCAGGGACGACGGUCACGUGUCUGAUGACGAGGGCGAAGGAGGCCACGACAAACAGAAAGACAAAAAGAAGAAAGUAAAGAAAAAGAAGAAGAAGGCAUGCAGCUCGUCCUCUUCAUCGGACAGUGAGGAUGAGAAGAAGAAGAAGAAGAAGAAGAAGAAAGAUGAAGACUCCAGCUCUUCUUCUUCAUCCGACAGCAGCUCCUCAUCCUCCUCAGACUCAGACAGCGACGAUGACAAGAAGAAGAAGAAGAAGAAGAAGAAGAAGAAGAAGAAGAAGAAGAAGAAGAAGAAGGAUUCGUCUUCAUCAUCAAGUAGCUCCUCGUCUUCUUCUGACAGCGAUGACGAGAAGAAGAAAAAGAAAAAAAAGAAGAAGCAUAAGAAAAAGGAGUCCAGCUCCUCUUCCUCAUCCUCUUCCUCCGACAACAAGAAAAAGAAGAAAGACAAGAAGAAGAAAGAUGAGAAGAGUAAAAAGGACUCCGGAAAGUCUUCAGGGUCAGAAAACGAUGAUGGCAAGCAUAAGAAAGCAAAAACAGAUGAUAAGGAUGGAGAAAACACCUCGCUGAGGACUGAAGGAGAGUCAGGGGGUUUCGGCACGACCGAUUACAGUUUUAGAACUGAUGGCUCUCAGAUUUCUUCAUCUCUACUUUACUCUCACCUGCCUUCUGAAACCCUGAGCCGAGCCGAGAGCAGCAGCGCCUCCCGCAGGCCUCUGACCGCCUUAGAGAGCCUGAUGGGUCAUCCUCAGAGAAACACACUGGACAGGGACAGAGUCACGACCAGCAGAUACACCUCACAUUCCACACCAUAAGAAACACUUACACAAAUGAUUUUUUGGAUUAGAGUGCUGCAGGGAUGACUUACUUUUGUAGGUUGAAGCGGGUUCUCUUGACAAAAACGCAAUAGAAAAUAUUGCAGAAAAUAAGCUCUGUGACCAACUAGAGUUUAUGAUUCUUACAUGAAAACCUUUACAGAUGAACAUGUGUUUUAUGAAUUUUAAAGCUUAAUUACAACUAAAUGUUGGCUAUAAAUGAACUACAACAUCAUGUUACAAACAUACAUGUUUUAUUAAUCAUUUAACCCACAUUAGUUUUCAUUGUUGUUUACUUAAUAAUCACUGCAAUUAUCAAUCAUUCAUGUUUUUAUGCCAAUGCAGUUCAUCUGAAAAUGAUUCACAGGAGUGUCUUUAUGUGCUGGAAUAAUCAGUACCUGAGAGCGUUUAUGGAGCAAAUGACGUGCAUGAAAACCACACCUAGAUACUUUCCUGAAGCGCCUCGGGCGGGGGCUGUUUUUAGAGAAGUUCAUUUGCUUUGAACAUAAUUUUCUUUCUGGAGGAUUUUGGAAACACAAAAUGACACUAAAAUAUCUUCCAAUAAAUAAAA